AUGCCAGCCUCCAUCAAAUGCGUUCUCACAGCGAUUCUGGCCAUGGCCAUGGCGGCUCACUCCUCCCUCGCCUCCCCGGCCGGCAUGUACAAGCAAGACGCGGCCGGCUCGCGCCCAGACACACGCGAGGUCCCGUCUGGGAUCCAGUACGGCGGCUGCUACACGAUCCAGAACAGCAAGGGCGAAACGCUGGGCCACCAGCCCUCCGACUGGAACUACCUGGCCUUCGGGCCCAGCACCAAGCCGGUGCACUUCAGGGUGUGCCAGAGCGUGGGACAGUGCCUGGCCCCAAACACGUACUACCAGAAGCUCAUGAACCGCGCCCGCUUCUGGCUCUUCGAUGUCGAGGGCAACGCGUACACGCCCAAGGGGGCCCUCGUCGCCGCCAACUCGCCCAAGUUCGGCUACGGCGGCAACCUGUACGCUGCCGCCGGCGAGUACCAGUACUACGUCAACUUCUGGGGCGAAAACGACUGCGCCGACCCGGACAACCGCCUCCUGGGCCAGUGUGCCGUCAAGCUGCGCAUCGACAACCUGUGGUAUGACAAGGGGCUGGUCGUCCAGGGCCCCUACCUCAAGUCGACUGCUUCCAAGGACAGUUUUGUCGUCGUCACCUUUCGCGAAGACAAGUGUCCGAGUGAGUAA